AGAUCGAUCGGUCAUCAAUCUCCAAACAGAGAGAGACAUUCAGUGUGAAGAGCGCGAAUCUUGGUCCUUGCUUAUCUGCGUAGUUUUACUUUGCUUACAGACGUUUGAGAGGAUGAGAGAAAAUGGCGCAAUACGGCGGGAAAUAUGGUGACUCCGACAUGCGUCGCCAGAACGACGAGUACGGCAACACGAUCCGCCAGACCGACGAGUUCGGAAACCCGGUCCAGCAGACCGGAUACGGAACAGGCGCCGGAACCGACGGCACAGCUGGGGUGACAGGCGGCCUCGGUUAUGGCGGAGACCAGCAGCAGCAGCUGAGAGACGAACGUCGUGGAGGUGGCGGUGGUGGAGUGCUCCAGCGCUCCGGAAGCUCCGGUUCUAGCUCCUCAGAAGAUGAUGAUCAAGGCGGGAGGAGGAAGAAGGGAAUCAAGGAGAAGAUUAAGGAGAAGAUCCCGAGGAUGGAAGGCAAGGACGAGCAGCAGCAGGCGGGGUCGUACCCGACAUCCACCGCCACGAGCGGAGGCUGCGGGGCUGAGCUGGGGCAGCAGCAGGAGAAGAAGGGGAUGAUGGAAAAGAUCAAGGAAAAGCUGCCCGGACACCAUUAGAUAUAAUAUAUGUGGCAUCAGUCCCUCGAUCGGUACUAGAUGUCUAAGUGGGGGUACAUAUUUGUCUUUCUGUCUCUCUGUGUAUGAGAGGGACUUAAGUCUGGGUGUUCCAAAUAAGUGCAAGAAGAUCGCUACUUGCCUACUUUCCCCUUGGGAAGCUUGCACCUGAAAGUUGUUUUUGAGUGUGUGUACUUCGAUUCUUUGCAGUCUAAAUAUAUAAGUGGAGCUUUUACAUCUAUUUGUUA